AGACGGACCGAUCUCACCUGUCUCUAUCGAUUUAAUUAGCAGCGCAGGAUUUUCUGAAAUAAUGGGCAUUUUGAAAUAAGAUUUUAAUGAUAUACCAACUGGAGCAAAAGUGUCUUUCACUGUGCACGUGAAGAUGUCCCGUCAGCCUUUAUGCUUUUAUAGCAUCGCUCAGAAGUGACUGUGAACUCAGGCCGCAGAUGGUCCGGAUGAGUCAGAUAACACCGAACAGGUCGCGCCUAAUAAAGACCAGAGCAGAGGGGAGUGAUGGCGGCCACGGAGUGUUACAUCGUCCACGAGAUCUACAACGGCGAGAAUGCACAGGAGCAGUUCGAGUACGAGCUGGAGCAGGCUCUGGAGGCGCAGUACCGCUACAUCGUAAUCGAACCCACGCGCAUCGGAGACGAGACGGCCCGCUGGGUGGCCGUGGGGAACUGCCUGCACAAAACCGCCGUUCUGGCAGGGGCCACGUGCCUCCUGACGCCGCUCGCCCUUCCCACCGAAUACUCCCGUUACGUGGCACUCCCUGCUGGCGCUCUGAGCCUGGCCUGCGCCGCGCUGUACGGCAUCUCCUGGCAGUUCGACCCCUGCUGCAAAUACCAGGUGGAGUAUGACAGUCAGAAGCUCUCGCGGCUGCCGCUGCACACGCUCACCUCCUCCUCGCCGGUGGUUCUGGUUCGACGGGACGACGUGCACAGAAAGAGACUGCACAACACGAUAGCGUUGGCGGCCCUGGCGUACUGUGCCAAGAAGAUCUAUGAACUGUACGCCGUAUGAGUGCUAUGGCACAUGCACACACAUGCACACAGAUACUGAUAUACCCGUACACACACAAACACGCAGCAGGGAGGAGAGAAGCACUACUAAACACCCGACACUGGCAGAUACACACACACACACCAAACAAAACAUAUGGAUGGACCGACGGAGAUAGUGAUGGAAAAACAAAAGGAGGCGGCACUCUCUCUGUUACGCUUUUUCAGCGUUUUGCUUUCAAUCGGAUUGGACAGAUUGAUGGAUGGAUGAGAGGAAGGGUUGGGGGGAGCUUGUAGUUCUGAAUGAAUCUUCCCCUUUUCUCUGUACUUUAAAAGUGAUAUCACCAGUGCACUUGAGCCCCCCUUCCCACUCCUUCCCUGCGCCUGUCCAGCCCCUUCCUUGUCCCGGCGGCCCUCCCCAAACGUCACCUGCCACCCACACGGAGCUUCCGCACUCAGGCAGCGACCUGUCGGACUGAACGUGUGGUGGACAGACGGACGGAUAAUGUUUUAAGAAUGACCUUUGAAUCCUCUCUUUUCUCCCUCUGUGUAGUUUUACUGUACCCUGCCUUUGGUGCAUCACCUUUUCAUUAAACAGUAGGAGAUUUAACCUCA